AUGCGGCCACUGAGAGCCGCAGGCGUCCCUUGCAGAAGUGCAACGAUUGCCUGCUUUCACACUACAGCGCCGUCGCUGGCGCGGCUACAACGGCCGCGUGUUCACGAAAAGAAGAGGCCGGCAGAACCGAUAGUUCCAUUCUCAUGGCGGCCCUUCGAGGUGCCAGAGGUGGUUCUCGACCUGGACAGUUGGGACAACCCAAUCGCACGGCCGUACGACAAAGAUGAGAUGCAAUCGCAGAGGAAGAAAUGGGAGCAGAACUCCAUUGUCGACGCCACAUGGCAACGGAUCAAGCACUUUCAGUAUAAACGCCAGCGCGAUAGCGAAAAGUUCGCCAAGGUCAGCGUCAGCCAUCCCUGGUACCAGCAUUGGCAGGUCACAGAUCUUGACAUCAUGACGGCCGCUCUGAAAGGCGACUCGCGAGUCGGUCCGCAAAUGCAGAAUCGCAUACCAGGGGAAAGGCUGCAUCAGGAUGAUGCUUGGAGUAAUCUGAAGUCGGUUGCCUCGAAGAACGCAAUUCCAUUGACCACGCUUCAAGACGAUGAAAACUUUUUGAGCUGGUUGCUCCAACGAAGGCCCACCACGUCUUCUUUACCACCGAAGCGCCAACGGGAAAUUCGAGCAUUUAUUCGACGGUUGGAAGAUCUCCAGAGCCUGAAGCGCUACCUGCAGUUUCUACUUCAGCACGGGGAGAAGGGGUUUCAGCUCAUUCACAACGCGGAUCAGGAUAUCACUUUUGUGUUAUCUCGGCUCCUCACCAAACCUCCCAGGUUACGGCCCUUCGUCGACCUCCUUCCCUUUAUCAACAGCAUCUUUACUCUCCAGAGACAGCACGGUUUACCUGUCAGCCCGGGUCUCUGUGGUCUCUGCUUGAUCAUCUCGGCCAAGGCAUUUCAGCCACUGGCAGUGUCGAGAUAUCUCAAGCUUGGGCUCAAAGAGGGUCACUGGGUUGGAGAGGGCUCAUCUGCUUCCGAUGUCAAGACUGCAGUCGAGGCGCUUGUGCGAUGCUGGGACGAUAGGAGGCGCUUCCCAGAUGUGGAGCGUUCUGGAGAGGUUAUUCGCCGUCUCCUGGGAGAGGGCUCGCGGGAGGACAGCGCGGCCUCCUUCAAGGUCGUUGAGCAGCACCAUCCGGAGGACGAAGGGUUGAAAGAACAGUUACGGGAGUUGUUACAUCGCGUUACUUCCGCCCCCGAAAUACCCCCCGUCCAUAAAUAA